CACAGGGAUGGGAGACUGACGCGUUUGGAAACUGAUUCAGCCUAGGUGUCCGUAGUCAGUAGGCUAUGUCUCUGGAAAUGAUCAAGAGCGACAUGGCCAUGUUCGUGUCGUUCGGUUCUUUUUCACGUCAAGUGUAAUCUCAGUCAUACGACUACCGAAGCUCGAGCGCGUCAGAGUCCUCUGGGUGGAGAUGUUACCCUAGUCCUGAAAAUGCACGGAGACAUCAAUAUGGCGACAGCUGUUACCUCGUCUGCUAUUUUUGAAUCCACGUCUACUAAGCCUCGUCUCCUGGUGGAGCCCCACGCCUCCCUCUGAACGAGCAGGAUGACAACAUGGCCCAGCUGCUUGUACCGCCCGGACCAGACAGCUUCCGUCUCUUCUGCCCCGAGUCGCUGGCCGCUAUCGAGAGGCGCAUCGCCGAGGAGGAGGCCCGGAGACCGCGGGGGGAGCGCCGCGGCGACAGCGAUGACGAGAACGGGCCUAAGCCCAACAGUGACCUGGAGGCGGGAAAGUCGCUCCCCUUCAUCUACGGGGACGUCCCCUCAGGGAUGGGCUCCACCCCCCUGGAGGACCUGGACACCUUCUACUGCAAUCAGAAAACCUUUAUAGUAUUGAAUCGUGGGAAAGCCAUCUUCCGUUUCAACGCCACCCCUGCCUUGUACAUCUUAAGUCCCUUCAACCCCCUGAGGAGAAUAUCAAUUAAAGUUCUAGUUCACUCGAUGUUCAGCAUGUUGAUUAUGUUCACCAUCUUGACCAACUGUGCUUUCAUGACUCUGAGUCACCCGCCAGACUGGGCUAAGAAUGUAGAGUACACAUUCACAGGGAUUUACACGUUUGAGUCCCUCAUCAAGAUCCUGGCACGAGGCUUUUGUGUGGGGAAGUUCACCUUCCUGCGGGACCCAUGGAACUGGCUGGACUUCAGUGUAAUCUCCAUGGCGUAUAUAACAGAGUUUGUAAACCUAGGCAAUGUUUCAGCUCUGCGCACGUUCAGAGUAUUGAGAGCUUUGAAAACUAUCUCAGUUAUUCCAGGCCUGAAGACCAUCGUGGGCGCUCUGAUCCAGUCAGUGAAGAAGCUGUCUGACGUCAUGAUCCUCACCGUGUUCUGCCUCAGUGUCUUCGCUCUGAUUGGCCUGCAGCUCUUCAUGGGGAACCUGAGGCAAAAGUGUGUCCGCAUGCCACGUAACGACACCAAUGAGGACCCGUACCUCAACGGCACCAUGCUGGACCUCAACGGCACUAUGCUGGACCUCAACGGGACAGACCUAAACUUCACCAACCCUUUCAACUGGACCGAGUACAUCAGCGACGAGAGUAAUUACUAUUACCUUCCGACCCGCAGGGAUGCUCUCCUCUGUGGGAACGGCAGUGGUUCUGGGGAUUGUCCCGAGGGCUUCAGCUGCAUCAAAGCGGGCCGUAACCCUGACUACGGCUACACCAGCUUCGACACGUUCAGCUGGGCCUUCCUGUCUCUGUUCAGGCUAAUGACUCAGGACUUCUGGGAAGGCCUCUACCAGCAGACUCUCCGGGCGGCAGGGAAGCCCUACAUGAUGUUCUUCGUGCUGGUCAUCUUCCUGGGCUCGUUCUACCUGGUGAACCUGAUCCUGGCCGUGGUGGCCAUGGCGUACGACGAGCAGAACCAGGCCACCAUCGAGGAGGCCCUGCAGAAGGAGGAGGAGUUCCAGGCCAUGCUGGAGCAGCUGAAACGACAGCAGGAAGAAGCCCAGGUUGCCGCGGCAGCAGCCACGGAGAGCGGAGAGUACAGCGGGAGAGGGGGCCAAUCAGAAUCGUCCUCCGGGACUUCGAAGCUCAGCUCUAAAAGCGCCAAGGAGAGACGCAACCGGCGCAGGAAGAGGAAGCAGAGGGAGGAGGAGGAGGAGAGGGGUGUCCGCGACAAGUUCCACAAGUCCGAGUCAGAGGACAGCAUCAAGAGGUCCUUCCGCUUCUCUAUCGAUGCCAACCGGCUGUCGUACGAGAAGAGGUGCUCCUCUCCCAACCAGUCUCUCCUCAGUAUCCGAGGCUCUCUCUUCUCUCCUCGGAGGAACAGCCGCGCCAGCCUCUUCAGCUUCCGAGGCCGUGCCCGUGACGUGGGCUCCGAGAACGACUUUGCCGACGACGAGCACAGCACCUUCGAGGACAGCGACAGCCGUCGGGGGUCUCUGUUCGUGCCGCGGCGCUCUGAGCGGCGCUGCAGCACCGUGAGCCAGACCAGCCUGGCCGCUCCCAGGAUUCUGCUCCCCGCCAACGGGAAGAUGCACUGUGCCGUGGACUGUAACGGGGUGGUGUCCCUGGUGGGAGGCACCUCCGUGCCAACCUCGCCUGUCGGCCUCCUGCUGCCUGAGGGGACGACCACUGACACGGACCUGAAGAGACGGCGCUCGCGUCAGCCCUCCAUGGACUACCUGGAGGAGCCAGGAGUGCGCCAGAGGGCCAUGAGCGUGGCCAGCAUCCUCACCAACACCAUGGAGGAGCUGGAGGAGUCCAGACAGAAGUGUCCUCCUUGCUGGUACAAGUUUGCCAACACGUACUUGAUCUGGGACUGCUGUCCCCAGUGGCUGAAGGUCAAGGAGAUCGUGAACAUGGUGGUCAUGGAUCCGUUUGUGGACCUGGCCAUCACCAUCUGCAUCGUGCUCAACACCCUGUUCAUGGCCAUGGAGCACUAUCCCAUGACCAAGGAGUUCAACGACGUCCUGUCCGUGGGGAACCUGGUGUUCACAGGCAUUUUCACGGCUGAAAUGUGCUUCAAGAUCAUUGCUCUGGAUCCCUACUACUACUUCCAGGAGGGCUGGAACAUAUUUGACGGCAUCAUCGUCAGCUUGAGCCUGAUGGAGCUGGGCCUGGCUAACGUGGAGGGGCUGUCGGUGCUGAGGUCCUUCCGGCUGCUGAGAGUGUUCAAGCUGGCUAAGUCGUGGCCCACCCUCAACAUGCUGAUCAAGAUCAUCGGGAACUCUGUGGGCGCCCUGGGUAACCUGACUCUGGUCCUGGCCAUCAUCGUGUUCAUCUUCGCCGUGGUGGGCAUGCAGCUGUUUGGGAAGAGCUACAGGGACUGUGUGUGUAAGAUUGCCGACAACUGCAAGCUGCCUCGCUGGCACAUGCACGACUUCUUCCACUCGUUCCUGAUCGUGUUCCGGGUGCUGUGCGGGGAGUGGAUCGAGACCAUGUGGGACUGCAUGGAGGUGGCCGGCCAGGGCAUGUGUCUGAUCGUCUUCAUGAUGGUCAUGGUCAUCGGCAACCUGGUGGUCCUCAACCUGUUCCUGGCCUUGCUGCUCAGCAGUUUUAGCGCUGACAACCUGGCCGCCACCGACGACGACAGUGAGAUGAACAACCUGCAGAUCGCCGUGGGCCGCAUGGGCCGCGGCUUCGCCUUCAUCAAGUCCGCGCUGCGCCACUUCCUCCAGAGCCUGUGUUUGGGCGGUGCGGGGAAAGGGGGCUCCGCCGAGGAGAGCAAACCCCUGGACGAGCUCCACCACAGCAACGGCAAGGGCAACUGCAUCUCCAACCACACCACUGUGGAGAUCACCAAGGAGCCCGCCGCUUACCUCAAGGAGGGCAACGGGCGUCCUGGAGGGGGACUGGGGCUCGGGGUGGUGGUCGGGGGAGACGGCUCAGGGAUGGAGAAGUUCCCCCUGGAGGAGUGCGACUACAUGUCGUUCAUCCACAACCCCAGCCUGACGGUGACGGUGCCCAUCGCCGUGGGCGAGUCGGACUUUGAGAACCUGAACACGGAGGAGUUCAGCAGCGACUCGUCAGAUGUGGAGGGCAGCAGAGAGAAGCUAGCGGAGCCCACUCACCUCAGCUCCUCUGAGGGCAGCACGGUGGACAUACAACCACCUGGAGACGGAGGGGAGUCCAUAGAGCUGGAGCCAGAGGAGUCCCUGGACCCGGAGGCCUGCUUCACCGAGGGGUGUGUGAGCAGGUUCCAGUGCUGUCAGGUGAAUAUAGAGGAGGGCAGGUGGAAGAUGUGGUGGAAUCUAAGAAAGACCUGCUUCAUCAUCGUGGAACACAACUGGUUUGAAACAUUCAUCAUCUUCAUGAUUCUGCUUAGCAGUGGAGCCCUGGCGUUUGAAGACAUCUACAUCGAACAGAGGAAGAACAUUAAGACCGUUUUGGAGUUUGCUGAUAAAGUGUUCACCUAUAUCUUCAUCUUGGAGAUGCUUCUCAAAUGGGUGGCCUACGGAUUUGUCAAAUACUUCACUAACGCCUGGUGCUGGCUCGACUUCCUCAUAGUAGACGUGUCUCUGGUGAGUCUCGUAGCCAACGCCCUGGGCUACUCUGAGCUGACUGCCAUCAAGUCCCUGCGGACGCUGCGUGCCUUGCGGCCACUCAGGGCCCUGUCACGAUUCGAGGGGAUGAGGGUGGUUGUGAACGCUCUGCUGGGGGCCAUCCCCUCCAUCAUGAACGUGCUGCUGGUGUGCCUGAUCUUCUGGCUCAUCUUCAGCAUCAUGGGCGUCAACCUGUUUGCUGGGAAGUACUACUACUGUGUGAACACCACCAACGAUGAGACCAUCCCCGUCAGCCUGGUCAACAACAAGAGCGAGUGUCUGGCUCUGGUCAACGACAGCGCCCGCUGGAAGAACGUCAAGAUCAACUUCGACAACGUGGGGGCGGGGUACCUGGCCCUGCUGCAGGUGGCAACGUUUAAAGGCUGGAUGGACAUUAUGUACGCAGCUGUGGACUCCCGCAAUGUGGAGGAUCAGCCGGAGUAUGAGGUCAACCUCUACAUGUAUCUCUACUUUGUCAUCUUCAUCAUCUUCGGCUCCUUCUUCACCCUCAACCUCUUCAUCGGCGUGAUCAUCGACAACUUCAACCAGCAGAAGAAAAAGUUUGGAGGUCAGGACAUCUUCAUGACGGAGGAACAGAAGAAGUACUACAAUGCCAUGAAGAAGCUGGGCUCCAAGAAGCCCCAGAAGCCCAUCCCCAGACCCACGAACGCGUUUCAAGGCUGUGUUUUUGACUUCAUCACAAAGCAAGCCUUUGAUAUUGUCAUCAUGAUUCUCAUCUGCCUUAACAUGGUCACCAUGAUGGUAGAGACGGACAACCAGACUGAAGACAUGGACAAUAUUCUGGACUGGAUAAACCUGGUCUUCAUAGUUCUGUUCACGGGCGAAUGUGUGCUGAAAAUGAUCUCACUACGUCAUUACUACUUCACUAUUGGCUGGAAUGUAUUCGACUUUGUGGUUAUAAUUCUGUCCAUUGUAGGCAUGUUUUUAUCAGAACUGAUAGAGAAGUACUUUGUGUCUCCUACGUUGUUCCGUGUCAUACGUCUGGCUCGGAUCGGUCGCAUCCUCCGUCUCAUCAAAGGAGCCAAGGGCAUCCGGACGCUUCUAUUUGCCUUGAUGAUGUCACUUCCCGCCUUGUUCAACAUCGGCCUCCUGCUUUUCCUGGUCAUGUUCAUUUACGCCAUCUUCGGCAUGUCCAACUUCGCCUACGUCAAACGGGAGGCGGGCAUCGACGACAUGUUCAACUUCGAGACGUUCGGCAACAGCAUGAUCUGCCUGUUCCAGAUCACCACCUCUGCCGGCUGGGACAGCCUGCUGGCACCCAUCCUGAACAAGAGGGAGCCUGACUGUGACAGUCAGAUGGAACACCCCGGCAACCUGUACAAGGGGAACUGCGGCAACCCCUCAGUGGCCAUCUUCUUCUUCGUCAGCUACAUCAUCAUCUGCUUCCUCAUCGUGGUCAACAUGUACAUCGCCGUCAUCCUGGAGAACUUCAGCGUGGCGACCGAGGAGAGCGCCGAGCCCCUCAGCGAGGACGACUUUGAGAUGUUCUACGAGGUGUGGGAGCGCUUCGACCCCGACGCCACGCAGUUCAUGGAGUACGGCAAGCUGUCGGACUUCGCGGACGCCCUGGACCCUCCGCUGCGCAUAGCGAAGCCCAACAAGAUCCAGCUGAUCUCCAUGGACCUGCCCAUGGUGAGCGGCGAGAGGAUCCACUGCCUGGACAUCCUGUUCGCCUUCACCAAGCGCGUCCUGGGCGAGGGAGGAGAGAUGGACGUGCUCCGCGGGCAGAUGGAGGAGCGCUUCAUGGCAUCCAACCCCUCCAAGGUGUCCUACGAGCCCAUCACCACCACGCUGCGACGCAAGCAGGAGGACAUGUCGGCGAUCAUCAUCCAGAGGAACUUCCGGAGCUACCUGCUCCGUCGCACCAUCAAGAAAGCCUCCAUCAUUUACAGGGAGCAGCAGCGUGACGGCCUGCGGGACCUGGAGAAGGAGGUGCUGGUGGUCAGCAAGUUCAACGAGAACUCCACCUCGGACAAGAUGGACAUGACGCCUUCCACGGCCUCGCCGCCCUCCUACAACAGCGUGACCAAGUCGGAAAAAGACAAAUACGAGAAGGACAAGAGGGAGAAGGAGGAUAAGGAGAAAGACUUGAGGGAGAAGAAGAAAUAAAGACGUAGAGAAGUAGGGCCGUGUGGAGGUUUGUGACGAAGGGUAUCUUGUUUACAAGGGAGGGAGGGCUGGUGUUGUUAGUGUUGUUAGUGGGUGGAUGGGUGGUGUUGGGUGGAGGUCUGGUGUGGGUGG